CUUAGUGGCCUCCAUUAGUUUUCCUAAACUUUUGUACAAAAUCAGCAAAUCUGACACUCGGAUAAUUCCUCAAACACAUUCCUGACAGGUUAAUGACAGCCAUAUAAAUCAAGAAAGGUCUGUGCUGAAUUCAGAUGGCAUCAGAAACCCCACAUCUCAACCACCGGAGCCGGAAAGGACGCUAACCCAAGAGCAGAGGAUAAAGGAGAGCUGGAAGGAAGAACUUGGCAUCCUGAGCAUUGAACAGAAAAGUGCCCAGAUCUGCAAAAUCUUUUCCCUCCAAGAUAGUUCAAUGAUCAAAGAAAAGGAAGAAAAGGAAGAAGACCUGGCCCAUUGUGAGAAGAGUGGCACUGGAGGAAAUAACUUACCUAUACUUCUGGAUUUGGCCAUGUUGGCCUCCUCCGAGGAAGGGUCUGCACUAAGAACCUAUGCAGAAGACCUUACUGAGGAAGUGGCAACGUCAUUCCUUAAUCCCUCCCAGGAAUUUGAAAGUGUAGAGUCAGAUUCAUCCUUUGGAUUUCAAAAGGUGUCUGCGGUCUUAAUCAACAUUUCAGAGAGCUCUUUUUCAGAGAAUGACAUAGAGCAUGAUGAGGAUACAGACCUCGACCAGUCAGAGGCAUCCACUGAUGAAGCCCAAACAUGUGAUAAGUGGUUUCCCCAUCCGCUGCCUAAGAAACACAGAGUUAGUAAUGAAGGAAACAAGUUAAUGACCAGGAAUUACUGCAGUCGACCACAGCCUGGUAGUGGGUCCAGUUACAAAACCACUCUAGGCUUGAGAAAGUUGGAAGGAAAGAGUGGUGUUAUGGAAAAUGUCUUUGCAUCUGACUCUAAUUUGGACAGUGUAGCUGGCAGGAAGAAGCAACAGGAAAGCGUAUUAUGUACAGAGUCGCCAUUGCUUCUACCUUACAAACCUACCCAGAAAGGAAAGGGAGGAUUUUCAGAAGCCUCUGAAAGAGUUUGGCAAAAGGACAAAGGAAAGAAUGUCUUUUCUGAGCAAGAUGCAGGAGCUGACUCUUCAUCUGGGACUUCCCCAUACUCGGAAAAAUUUUCUGGGCUAGUCGAAGAUUUGGAACAACAGGUUUUUCUCUCUGUUGUUGGCAGAGGAAUAGGGCAGAAAGACCUUGGAAUUGAUUUUCCAUCUGGACAGAAUAAGGAAAAAUCCAGAUGUCCUUCUCCAGAAAGCUCCUCUAUGUCACUUCAACCUAAAAAUUCCAAAGUAAAAUGCCAAGUCUUUUCAUUUCCUUUAAGAACUCUCCUGACUCCCCACAUCUUGCCAGCCUUAGAUACCAAACAUAGCUCUGGAGAAGAUCUGGGAGGAGCACCUUUUUCUGCGGACAUUAUAUCUCAAAAGACAUUAGCAACUAGGCAGUCCAUGCCCCAUAUAGCUGAACUUGAUGCAUCUGAUGCCAAAAACUUACCAACAAGGAUCGAAGAUUGUGAAAAGGAAUCUGUAACAGAGCUACCACUCUCAAAGAAAGCUAACCUAGAGCCAGUUCUUUCUAUUUCACCUAGAGAGCUCACAUCUCAUCCAAAGAACUGUUCAGCUAGGAAUGGAGAUGAUGACAGGGUUAUCCAGGGCAGAGAUCUUCCCUAUCUCAGUAAAGAUACCUUGUCUGAAAUACUGUCACCGGUUAAUGAAGUGCUUUCCUACGGAAGUGCUGACCUGCCGUCAUCCAACCAGAGAGAUUUCUCGAUUCCCAGUGAAGAACUCCCGACACCUCCUGAGGAGCAUUUUUGGACACAGAAUGACGAGACCAACUUUGACUUAGAUUUCCCUUCUCCACCAGAAGAAGUGCUGUCUUCAGAAGAUAGACAUUCACCUCAUACUCUCGCUGAAGAGUCAUCCAUUAAUACUCAAGAAAUGCCCUUGUCACCCGACGAUAUUUUGUCAGAAAAUUCGUUCCCACUGCCUCUGGAACUGGAGAACUCAUGUUGUAUUCAGGAUAGGCAUAACUUGGUCUGUGCCGGAGCCAAAGUAAAUAGUUUUGAGGAAAAGGAGGAAUCACCGCAACAUUUAAUACAGAAAGAAAGCAUCACCAGCCAGACGCAAGAAUUAACCUGUUUGUCGACUCCGUCUUUUCACCAAAAUGUCUGUAAAAGUCCAGAUGUUUUAGCAAGAUCACCAGCACCCCUUUACAAAAUUGAAGAAGACAAUAAUUCCCUGGCAAUGUAUAAUACUGGAAACGGAGUACUGGUGGAGGCCAUUGAGACUGGUACUCUGAAAUUUAAAGAGUGUCCCCAAUUUGCCCAGGACCUCAAGAUUGCUGUGGAAUUUGGUGUGAAGAAAGGUUGUGAUGGAAACCAGGAAAGAGUAGAAUGCUUGGAGGGUGCCAGGAAUUGUGAUGAGUUUGUUAGAGUAGAUCAAAUUUCACUUUUUUUGGCAGACCAAGGUGAUAAUUCAGCCUACAUUGGGGAUGAAAAUCCAUUUUCUGCCAGCGUACCCUCAGAGCACAGUAAAUGCCUUGAGGAUGACAGUUUUUUUAUGGAAAUACAACCGAAAGGAAGCUCUUCAGAAUCAGCAGAUAAUCCAUCUAGAGCAAUAGAGUCCUCAUCAGUGGGAGCAGAACGUGGUGUAACCAAUAAUCAAUCUGUGCCUAACCAAUUGACUUUUCCAGUCCCUCAAUUUUUACGCAUCAGAAAAGAAAAAAAGCCGUCGGCAUCCCCCAAGAAUGAGGAGGAAGAAUUACUUGAACAUGAUGUCCUGCCAGUGAAAGACCAGGAAAGUGACCUUAAAAAUAAUUCUGGGGAGCAGAAAGUUAACCAUAGCUUAUUCCAGAGCCAAGAAAGAGAUGAAAUUGUGGACAUUGUCUCCACUGAGCUCACCAAAAGAAUAUUAGAAGAUACUUUAGCUGUAUUUUCUGAGUUACCUAAUCAGGCCACCCAUCGCUAUGCAAAUCAGCUCGGAUAUAAAUCCAGCUGACAAGGGAAGUUCAGUAAUGGAAAUGGUACUGUCAGCAGUGUCAUCUUCAAUUACAAAGGACUACUAAAUGCAAAUGUGGUUUGCUUUGAAAAUUAAAAAAGUCAAUUCUGACAAUAGCUAAACUAAAAAGAGCUAGGCAGAAAAGGGUGUUUCUGACCUAAUAAUAAUUAUGGUACUUGUUAAGCCCUUAAUAUAUGCCAAACACUCUUCUAAAGUACCAGGGUAAAUACAAGUUAAUCAGGAUGGACACAGUCCCUGUCCCACAUUAGGGUCACAGUCCAGUCGGAGAUUAAUGUAUUAACUUGUAUCUACCCCAGCACUUAUCACAGUGCUUGGCACCUCGUAAGCAACUGUAUAAGUACCACAAUUAAUCAUUAAGGUGCUUACUGAAGAAAACCAGCUAUGUGAAUUCU